GGGAUUCCAUUCGUUUACCUGUGUAUGUGACAUUUUUUUUCCACGGAUCGUUCGCGCUGUUCCAACAUGUUUACCUGGUUGUACCGCUCUCAUCAUGAUCACCAGCAAUCCGUCGUCGAUUCCAUCAUGAUACUCACGUCGCCUUAUCGACAGCAUUAAUUCUCAGCUUUGCAAAACAAAAAUAAAGAGAGAGAGAGAGGGGGGGUGUCAUGGAUGAUGAAGUGCGACUUGAAGGUGAAGAGGAGAUGGAGUUGGAUGAGGCUUCCGAUGGUGAAGACGAAGAUGAAGAAACAACAGGCAUCCCUAUAUCUCCAGCUAACUCAGAUCAAUUGCUUGGACAGACAAUACCAACCACUGUUACAUCAGAUGAGGCUUAUCAUGAUACAUUGCGAUACCCAAAGUUUUCAUUACCUGGUGGUAAACCUUUGAAUAUUCGCCGUGGACCUGGCAGACCUCGGAAAGAACGACCUUUUGGUCUAACACGUGGAGGAGGCACAAGAAGAUCUUUUGGAAGGGGUAGUGCCAGAGGCAAAGGAUUUGGAUAUACAAGAGGUAUACCACGUCGCACCAAAAGUAAAGAUGAUGACACACACUCAGAAUCACCAAGUCCUUUGCGUAUCACUGGGAUGGAUGAUACUGGUCCUGAUGGUAGUAGUGAAUUAGUGGGAAACUCGAUCGAGAGAUCGAUGCCGGCGCCCGAAGAACCCCCUUACUUUCCUGAACAAUGGCCAGGCAAAGUAUGUGCAUUAUGCAAUUUAGGCGAGAGGAGUCAGUUGGGACAAGGUGAACUUUUGUGUCUGACAUGUCCACCGGGUUUCACUCCUGAGAAGCCGACAAACCGCGAUGAAACAGGUAGUGACCAGCUUGUCAAUGUCGCUGUUGCAGGAGAUAAAAGUCCGCGUGCUACUGGACCUGGAAUUGCUGUUACCUGUCGUAGACAAAAAAGUCUAGCCAAAUGCAGGAAUACUAGUCUAACUAAUUUCACGGAACCGGUGGAAGAAUUGACAAUCGUAGGUUAUUUGGAGGAACCAGAAAUCGGGACUCUGUUUGAUUCCUCAACCAGUCAUUACUAUGUUCAUCGAUCAUGUAUUAUCUGGUCUAGCAACACUCAAGUUUUACUACCAGAAUUGGCAUGUCGUGCUGUUUUACAAGCUUCCUCCAGACGUUGUGCCUAUUGUUCGCAUUAUGGUGCUGGAAUUUCUUGCAAAGUGACCUCGUGCAAUCGUUAUUUUCAUUUUCCGUGUGCCGCGGCCAGCAGUUGCUUUCAAGACAGUAAGAACUUGGCCCUUUUCUGCAGUCAACAUCUUGGCCAAGUCCCACUUUUAUUGUGUGGAGGAGAAGUUACUUGCGUUCAAUGUUAUGGAAUGGGCGAUGUCUCGAAUCUAGUGAUGUGCUCCGUGUGCGGCCAACAUUAUCAUGGCAGUUGUGUGGGCUUGGCAUUAUUACCUGGGGUGCGUGCUGGAUGGCAGUGCGUGUCUUGCCGUGUAUGUCAAGUCUGUCGGCAACCCGAAGAUGUUUCAAAGGUAAUGCUAUGUGAACGAUGUGACAAGGCUUAUCAUCCUGGUUGUUUGCGACCGAUUGUCACUUCUAUUCCAAAAUACGGUUGGAAGUGUAAAUGUUGUCGCGUGUGCACCGAUUGUGGUUCACGUACUCCUGGAGCUGGGCUAUCUUCCAGAUGGCAUUCUCAUUAUACCGUCUGUGAUUCAUGCUAUCAGCAGCGCAACAAGGGCUUCUCUUGCCCACUCUGUAGAAAGGCAUAUAGAGCUGCGGCAUAUCGUGAAAUGGUCCAAUGUCAUGGUUGCAAGAAGUUCGUGCAUGGCACAUGCGAUCCCGAAGCCGAUCCGCUUACUUAUCAGCAGCGCAAAGAAGCAAAGCCGGAUUAUGAAUAUGUUUGUCUGCAUUGUAAGAGUAUCGCCAUGGUAGCCAGACGGAAGGAUAGUAUUGAUGAAGGCGAUUUAAGUCUAAGCGCUUCGCAAGAAAGUCUCGACGGUGAAUCUUCUGAGUUAGAUUAUCCAAGUGGUUGUUCCGAAGAAGCGCUUUAUUCGGUCGGAUUAGGGAAAGGGAAACCGUUCUGUGCCACAAAGAUCGCAAAGAAAAGAUUAGGGAUUAGCGGCGGAGUUAUCGGUAGACCCAAAGGUAUUGGAAAACUGGGUUAUCAAAAAAGGCAAAAAAUGACAGAGUUUGGAAGAAAGAGAGGACCCAAAGGAAAAAUGAGAGGAUUUUAUGGAGUGCCAGAAGUGGGCUUGCAGAGUCCGAAUCCAGAUUCAUCCCAAUCGAAGGAAGAAGAACAGCUUGGGAUUGAGAACAAAUUAAUCUUGUGCUCGGCCAAAGAUAAAUUUGUUCUUACACAGGAUAUUUGUGUGAUGUGCGGCUCGAUUGGUAUGGAUCAGGAAGGUUGUUUGAUUGCAUGUGUACAAUGCGGUCAGUGUUAUCACCCUUAUUGUGCUGGCGUUAAGAUCACUAAGGUCAUCUUGCAAAAGGGCUGGCGAUGUCUUGAUUGUACUGUUUGUGAAGGCUGUGGUGAACGAAAUGAUGAAUCUCGCUUGAUUCUUUGUGACGACUGCGAUAUCAGCUACCACAUUUAUUGUAUGGACCCGCCUUUAGAUUAUGUGCCGCACGGUACAUGGAAGUGCAAAUGGUGUGCGCAAUGUCAGACUUGUGGUUCUAACGAUCCCGGUUUUAAUUCAUCCUGGCAAAAAAGUUACACUCAAUGCGGACCCUGUGCUUCUCACACCGCUUGCGUAGCUUGCCAAGAAGCUUAUCAGGAGGGUGAUCUCAUCAUUCAAUGCAUACAAUGCGAAAGAUGGCUUCACUGCGGUUGUGAUUCAAUCAAAAGCGAAGCUGAUGCCGAACGCUGUGCCGAGGAGGGUUAUGUUUGUCUUCUCUGUCGUCCGAGAGAUGUUCCCCCUCCUCAUCUUCUCUCUAAACCUUCCUCGAAAUUCACUCGGUCAUCUUCUCCACCUCAAAAUCGAAAUACAGAAUUGUUUAAAACUUCCUCGCAACAAUAUAUAAUGGAAGGAGUAUAUCUUUCUGAAGUAGGGAUGAAUCAUAUCAAAUCUUUAACUGCAGAACAUCAGCAAACAAGAAAAAAGAAAAGAAAACAACCCCAAAUGGUGGAUAAAGAAGCAGAUAUAAUGGCGACUAUUGAAUCUGUUGUUGCUGGAGGAAGUUUAGACAAUUCUUUAGAGGAAAAUAACAAAUUGGAAUUGAUGGAUGUCAAAGAUGAACCAGAAACAGUGCUGAAAGAAGGUAUGGUAUGGAACCAACCUCCUCCAGAAGGCUUCAGUAUUUGCACUUCAGAAGGUGGACUUCCUGUUUUACGAAGAAAACGUCAAAGAAAUCUGCAAAAAUUAGGAAUUGGAGGAUUUAGUGUAAGAUUGAGAACUAGGAAAGACAAAGAAGAAGAAGGAGAUGCUGAAAAACCUGGAGAAUCUUCAAUCAUAGGAAUGGGAGACGAUAAACCCCGAAGGAAACCUCAGAGAAGAAAGCCGAAACCGAAACUGGCGGAAUAUUUUCCUAUUUACAUGCAAGAAGCGUUUUUUGGUAAGAAUUUAAUGGAUACAACGAAAGAAAAAGAUCUUGAAAGCAGCAGCGAAUCUGAGGAAGAACACAAAGUUCCUGAAAAUGCCAAUACAAUUCAGUUAUCUCAAGAUGAAUUAAAGGUAAUGGAACAAGUCAAAGCGAAACAAGAAAAAGACGAUGAAAAGAUUGCUCCUGAACAAAUCAAAAGAGAAGAAAUCGUGGAAGAUGAUGGAAGUGAUACUGAAGCACUUGGAGAUAUUUUACCAAUUUCCGGGGAUUUAUUGGAUAGCGAUCUAGUAAAUACAAUAAUGAACGAAAACGAUGAGGACUUAGCUAAAGCGAGCGAAGCACUGGAUGAGUUGGAUGAUACUCAAGGUGGAAGUAAAGAUGAAUUGACGGAUAUCCUAAGUCCACAUUUUAAUUUGGAGUCGAUGGUCAGAGACACUGGCUUACCUAAUAUGGACAGUAAAGAUAUCGAGGAAAUAUUUAAAGGUGUUCUGACCGAUGAAUCUCAAGAGUCUCAGGAAUCAUCGGUAUUUUCUGUCCAAGCUCAGACUUCGCAUCCUUCAUCAUCUACUACUCCCCUAGUGUCACCCUCUCCUCAUCCUGGUAUUCAAACAGCAAUAUUAGCGAGACCUCAAGUACCUGGUGCUCUACCUUCGGUUGGCCAAUCAAACUUAAAUUCUCCAAUGAGUUUUCCACCACCUUCACCAUACCACUCUGAAUAUAGCAAUAGUCCACAGUUUAGUCCAGCAUUUUCGGAGCCUCCUAGUCCGUGGGUGAAUCCCGAAGACGAAGGAAAUGCUCCAGCAGGCAAUGCUACCAUUUCAUACAACCAAAGAAGCAAUCUAAAGAUGGAAGCUGAUGAAGCAUUGGGUACUGCAGCGACAAUAUCCUCAGUUCUCUAUGCUAAUAUCAAUCAUCCUGAAUGGAAAACUGAUUUUCCAGUAUGGGCCGAGAGAUGUAAACAAAUUCUGAAGAAAUGGCGAGCACUUUCAAAUGAUAAGAAAGCCCCAUAUUUGACUCAGGCUCGAGACAAUCGUGCUGCGGUUCGCAUGAAAAAAACACAACAGCUCUCCAAGGAGACACCACCACCAAGCACCACCAACACUAUCAUCACAACCAAUAUAACCACCACCAAUACCACCACCAUCAAUAUGAAUACCACUACUACUACCACCACCGCCAUGACUACCAUCAUCACCAAACCCGCCGCUAUGACGGCUCAGCAACAACAGCAGCAGGGAGUGGGUUUGAGGCCCAUGGAGAAGCAAUUAGGAAUGUUGAUGACCAGUGGAAUGACGUCAACCGGCAACAAUCAGCAUCAGGAGGUGUGUGGGGUGCAGGGAACCCCGCCCAGCCCCUCCCUCUCCCCUGAAGCUCCUAGAAACCAACAGUCAUCCGUCUUGCAAUCUUGCACAACACCGGCUUCUUCGUCCUCUUUGUCUUCUUCUGCGUCUUCUUCCUCUUCUUUUUCUCAUUGCAAUAAUUCGGGUGAAGGGCAGCAACCCCUCCAGCAACGUCCACCCCCGAUUGUCGUUAACAGCGGCAGCGGGAAUAGUAGCAUAGAUCAGCAUCAGAUCCGAGUGCUCACUCCGUCCGAGAUCAUGCGCACCCUUCCGUCCCUCAGCCAGGAGCACUACGACCCCCCACCUCCGCCACCACCACCCACUGCAAUUGUUCACACUGUGCCUCCCGUACAGAACCAUCACCACCACCACCACCAUCACCACCACCACCCGAAUAACAUCAUGGAACAGGAUAGAUUAACAAACAGAGAUCGCUCUACUAGAGAAGCUGAGCAAGAAAGGCAGUGGAAACAAUUGCAAGCAUUACGUCAACAACAAGCACAAUUGCAGCAACAAGUCAUCCAUGAACAACGCGUACAUGCAAUUGCUAGAGUACACAGACAAAUCAGCGAAGAAAAUGCACCUCAACUAAGUAGUGAUACUACACCCGCAUUAACGACACAAUUACAAGUUUCCACAGCUCAAGAUGCGAAUCAACUAAAUUCCUUAGCCUCUCCUUCCCGCAGUACUUUUGCUACACCCUCCCUCAAAGCCCCUCGUAGUCUCACACCUCAAUCACCUCAUCAUCAAACUAUGGUACGUCUGCCUGCGCAAGCAUCUUGUAGAGUAAUACGUCCGAGCUUUCCUCAACCGCCGUCCCCCUUCUCACCACAAGCACCCCAAUCACCUCAUGAUUUUCCACAGUCUCCUGCCUCCUCUCAACCUUCUCAGGAGUCACAUUUCCAGCGCUUCGAAGGCAAUGUCUCAACUCCUGCAUCCCCCUAUUCGUCGCCACAGACGCCAGGUACACCCCGCACUCCCGUGUUUAACCCUCCGCGACCUCCCGUAUAUGCUCCUCUCCUCCUCCCCAAACCUCCUCCUCCUCCUCCCCCUCCUCCACCUCCUCCGCCUCCACCUGCAACAUCGCGAACUCCUGAUCCUUACAGCCAACCACCUGUCACUCCCACAUCCGCUCCUGCCGCACCUGGCUAUCCAUCACCUAGGAGUUCUGAAACUCCUCGAACAUCUCAGGAACAAGAAGUGACUUUUGUGCAGCAACCAGAAGUCAAUAGGCAAUUGAGAGACUUACUGCAAAGACAACAAUUUAAUAAGAAAAUUGAAGGAGUAGGUGCCAAUUGGGUUCAAGAUGGACAGAAUAAUACGGAGAACAAUCAGCAACAGUUUGAAGCCAGUCAUGUGCAGCUUCAGCAGCAACACUCUCAAGUACAAAACAAUUCUAGUGAAGGCACUUUUAGACAUCCACUUCCGCCAGGCAUUGUUAGGCCCAGAAUGCCUAUUCAACCGAACGUCUUAAUAAGGAAUUCCGUUGGAAUAAACUCGCGACAUCCUGUAGCAGGAAAUAUUCAGAAUCCGAUUGACCAUCGUACUAGGACAUUACUGCAGAAUAGACCCCCAGUAGCUACUAAUGUACCUGCUCAACAGCAUUUCCAAGCAACUCAAAACCUCCAAAUACGAAUGCCAGUAACGAGAAAUACCAUUUCCGAAUCUUAUGAUAUUUUGCAACAACAGAGAUUUACAGACGUGAAUCAGACGCAGAAUCAGCGUGUCGCGCGGACAGCACAGGACAAUUUAAAUCAAGGUAUUCGUAUGUUGAAUACAACUCCAGGGAUGGUACGAGCACCACUCGUUUCCACGACGAUGAGCGAGACCGUGGGAGUGGUUACUUCAGAAGCAUCUGAGAUCCCCGACAAUGUGACAGCUGAAUUGGAAAAGCUGGAGCAGGAAGGAGCCGGUCCAAUGGUCGAAGUCGAAGGAGUUAGUGCAAUAUUAGGAGAUCUGGCAGAUGAUGAUGACGAACUGCUCGCUGAAAUGGGGGCGGACUUUAACAUUCUGGAAUAUGCGGACCCUGAACUGGACACGAUCGCAGGUGGGGAGAAGACUAAUAUUCUUGAUAAUCUGGAUCUUGAGCAAGUUGAAGUUGACUCCAAAGACGAUAAGCAAAAAAAGGAAACUAGGGACGAAGAUCAGAAACCAGAAUUGACUGGUCCAGCCUCUGAUAUUACUGAUUCCUGCUCGACGAGCACGAGUUUGACUCUGACAGAAAAUUCCAACGUGUCGACAAUAACAUCACCGCAGACGACAUCGCAGGCAAUGCAGGCGCAAGUAGUGCAGCAACAGAUGCAUCAGCAAGUGCAACAAGCGGCAGCGAUGGGCCGGCCAAUACCUCCCGGUACAAGGUUGCUUUCACCAGAUGGAGCAGUCGGAGUGGUGACUUCCACAAACACGGUAACUGUGAGCUAUCCAUCGAAUUUUCCCGGACAUCCGCAAAGACUUUCGCAGGCACAUAUACAAGUCUCUCAACAACAACGGCUGGGCAGUUGGCUACCACCACCACCACCCCCACCACCACCCCCUUAUCCAGGACCACCACCGCCAUAUCCUGGACCAAUACAGCAGUCGUGUUCACAGGAGCAGCCAUUAUUGCUGGAGGAGCUGUUAGAGCAGGAGAAACGAGAACAAGAAAAACAGCAACAACAACAGCAGCAACAACAACAACAACAACAACAACAACAACAACAACAACAGACCGAAAAUGUCACUGGAGGAAGUCUUUUGAGCGACAGCGAUUUUGAAAAAUUCAAAGCUGAUGUUUUGGGUACUACGUCACCUCCUCAGGGUAUAGUGCCUGUGAUAAGACCACCUUGUACAGCGAGAUCACCUUCCACACCUAACACUAACUGGCAGCAAAGUGGCAUAGCUACUGAUGGGGCGGUAAAGCUAGCAGCGGCGCAAGUGGGAUCGAGACAACCAAUUGCCACACAAACUCCACCCGAACCAAGAGUGGCUAUGUUCAACAUUCCUCAAAAACCGGCACCACCAACUCCACCAGAAAAUAUAGCUAAUGAUCAAGAUCGGCAAAUGCAUGCGCAUUAUGAGCAAUGGCUUAAUAGUCAGCAUCAAUUAUUAACGCAACAAUUAAAAUAUUAUGAGGCAGAGGUCCAAAAACUUCGGAAAAUAAGAAAGUCUCUCAAUAGUAAGCAACGUCAGCUUCGUAAAUCUGGUAACGAACUGACAGAGACCGACGCUGCUGAACUACAACGGAUUUCUACUGAACAAGCUAUUCUUCAAAAACAUUUAGAUACUUCUCGUAAACAACAGCGUCAACACAGCGUAUUGGUUCAGGAAUAUCAUAACAAACAACAACAACAACAACGACAAAUUCAACCCCAACCAAACGAACCUUGUUCUCCAUUGAUGUCACCUUCUCAGCAUUCUCCGAUGCAUUCUCCAGCUGCGUUGGUUUCUCAGAGUCCUGGUCCUAGCAUGAUUCAACAUUCACCAGCAACUCCAUCAAUUGUUCAACAUAGUCCAGGCACACCGCUGCUUCAACAUAGUCCAGGCAACCCUCAAUCGUCUAAUCCAGGUACAAUGUCACCGCAUAAUGUUCAGCAACAAUCGCCAAGAAUUGGCACUCCCCAUUCUCAAGGUGACGAAAGUCCCUUUAGUCCUGGGCCAAUGCCUUCUCCGGGUCUAUGCAAUCCCAACACUACACGAAUGACUUCACCACAGCAUAGAGCUAUUAUUGGCGGAAGAUUGGCAACUUCUCCUGGUGCUUUUACGCCGGAAACGCGAAAUCAACAACUGAUAGUUGAUCAGGGUGUGAGAGUUCAUAGUUUAACUCAGAGAUUUGUCAGACCACCAGAAGGGGCGCAAAGGAGAGGAGGUAUCGUUUACAAUCCACAGUCAGGACAGCAACAGUUAUUGAAUCAACAACAGCAUCAACAGUUGUUACAGAGGCAACAGAUUAUUCAGCAACAGCAUGAAGGCGUUUCUCAGGAUCAAAGUCAAAGUACUAUUGUUCGGGGGACAUUGCAACGGCAGCAAGUUUUUCAACAACAACAACAACAACACGAAGGUGUUUCUCGACAACAAAUUCUUCAACAGCAGCAACAGAAUGAUAUUUCUCAAGAUGGACAGAAUCUUAUUACUCAAAGAAAUUUACAAAUGGUUCAACAAAGACAGAUUCUUCAACAGCAACAGACUGAUAUCAUUUCUCAAGAAGGACAAAAUGUUGUCGUUCAAAGAAAUUUGCAAACGACCCGGCAACAAAUUAUUCAACAGCAGCAACAACAACAACAAGAAGGCAUUUCUCAGGAUGGACAAAAUGUCGUUACUCAAAGAUCGUUGCAAGUAGUUUCACAACAGCAACGACAACAGAUUCUUCAGCAGCAACAACAACAGAAUGAUAUUAUUCCUCAAGAAAAUCAUAAUGUCGUUGCUGCUCAAAGAAACUUACAGAUUGUGCAGCAGCGACAACAAAUUCUUCAGCAGCAGCAACAAAUUCUUCAACAACAACAUGAAGUUAUUUCUCAAAGUAUUUCUCAAGAAGGACAAAUUCCUCAAAAUUCUAUUCCUAGAACGCUACAAAUGAUUCAACAACGGCAACAGAUUCUUCAACAACAGCACCAACAGGAAAGUACUUCUCAAGAUGGGCAAAAUAUUACUGUUCAAAGACAUUUGCAAAUAGCGCAACAACGACAGCAGCAUGAAAAUGUUUCACAGAAUAUUUCUCAAGAAAUUGGACAAAAUGUUGUUCAAAGAUCAAUACAAAUGGCACAACAGCGUCAACAAAUCCUUCAACAACACCAGCAACAUGAAAGCAUCUCUCAAGAUGGACAAAGCGCUAUUACUCAAAGAUCAUUACAACUAGCCCAACAACGACCACAAAUUUUACAGCAACAACAUGAAAGUGUUUCUCAAUCUGUUCCUCAAGAAGGACAAAGUGCUAUUACUCAAAGACCUUUGCAAAUGGUUCAACGACAACAGAUUCUUCAUCAACAGCAACAGCAACAUGAAGUAAUUUCUCAAGAAGGACAGACUUCUAUUGUUCAAAGAUCACUUCAAAUGGCUCAGCAACGUCAACAAAUUCUUCAUCAACAACAACAUGAAGGUGUUUCUCAGGGUAUUUCUCAAGAAGGGCAGAAUUCUAUUGGUCCAAGAUCACUCCAAAUGGCUCAGCAACGACAGCAUAUUCUCCAGCAACAACAGCAAAGACAAUUCUUGCAAAUGCAACAACAGCAACAGAAACCGCCUAACUCACCGAUGGUGUCUCAGCCAUCAAAUUCCCCCAGUCCACAGCUUCAUCAGCAACUUCAACAAACUUAUGGUCAACCUCCAAGUUCACCUAUGGUGCAACAGGCAACGAUGGGUUCUCCGAUGCUUCAACAACAAUUAAAUGCGACUUCACAACCUCCUAGUCCAAUGAACAGAAUUUCACCAAUGCUUCAUGGUAGCCAUCAUCAUUCUUCGACAACUACUCAACCACCCAGCUCUCCUAUGAUGCCUAGAAGUCCUAUGGUAGCUGGAUCUCCUAUGCAAAUACAGCGAAGACAAUCUACUGGAAAUAGUCCCGCUAUGCCAGACAGACCCCAAAGUGUGGAAAAUCCUGGAACUCCAAGGACACCUCAUACACCUCAUAAUUUUGUCCAACAAAAUACUAAUUUAACUGUAACUCCAAGUGAUCAACAACAAGUUUCUCAGCAAAUUCCUCAACAGGUUUCUCAGGAACAAACUUCUUUAUCAGAUAAUCUUUCUAGAGGUGGAGGAAACUCCAAUAAUCCCUUAAAUCCUAUUCCUUUUCUUGAUUUUGCGAAGACUGGAUAUUUUAAAUUAGGAUUAAAGGGCGGCUCAUCAGAUGAUAAGGAUCAGAUUCGUCAACAAAUUUCUCAAGAACAAGUUCUUUCAUCAGAAAAUUUUAUUAAAAAUGAGGAAAAUAGUAAUAAAUCUACAAAACCAAUACGAUUCCCUAAUUUUGGACGAUUUGGAUGGUUCAAGUUGGGCUUAAGAGGAGGAUCGCCAAUGUGGUCAAGCAAAGCAGAUAGUAGUAAAGGUGGUAAAGGAUCGGAAACAUCCCAAACGAAAAGAGAUCAGUCUACAGAAGAGAAAGCAAAUACUUCUAUGAAUCGGAAAACCGCUAGAAUCAGCUCAUUAGUCUGUGUCGACUAUAAUGACUUUGACGACGAUUCUCAUACGCCGCCACAAGCUUCGCCAACAACUUUAGAGAUAAAAUCAACUGGUCAAGGCUCUUCUUUGACCUCUUCAACUUUAGAUAAUGGAUCUUUAACUUUGGAAAGUCCUGGAGAAAAAUUGGACCAACUUCCAGAUACAACAGAUUAUGAUGACGAUAAAACUAUAGUUAAUACCGAAGUGACUUUGAGUUCCACAGCUCAACGCGACAGUGAUGAUAUCACUGUGAUUGAACAGUUCGGUGAUUCAGAACUAGUUGAUGUUAUUUCAGGAACUUUAGAAGGUGAUAUGCAGGAAGAAUAUGUUCUAUUUGAACCUGGAAUGGUGGUGGACCUUUCUGCUGAUAGUAACGAUUCUCUUUGUCAUGCUUUAGUGAAUGAUGCUGGUCAAGGUCAUGACUUAGUGCAGAUUUUAGAGAUUGAUAAUUCUGAAUCACAAUCAGAAGAACCUAUUUUGAGUGACGAAGAUUUAGUCCCGUCUCAUUCAAGAAAUAAAAAGGGUCUUAGACUUGACAUAGUGAGGGCCUUUCAGUCUGGAAAAAAGCUAGUCGCUGUAACUGAUACUCCCGAAUCUCCAGAUCAAGAAGAACUUCGAGUUGAUCCUUCUCCAGGUCCUUAUUUAGAUCAGUCUCCUGAUCAAGAACUUAUGGUAUCUUUAGUAAGUGAAUCAGAAGUGGUUAUCAUCGAUCCCACAACGAAAUCACCUGAAGACAAUCUUUCUAAGGGUUCUUGUGAUGAAGAGAUUGAAAAAACUGAUAAUAAUAUACAAACUGAUGUUUCUAAAGAAAAUACAUUUGAUGAAGGCUCGACAGAUGACCAAACCAAAUCUUUAAAACAAAACAAGAGUCCUACAAACUUUAUCUUUUCAGAUAAAUCAUAUACCAAAACACUAGCUUCAACUAUAUACCCAACUAAUAUUAAUGUAACAGUCUCAAAAUCGAUGGUUUCUUUAAUAAAUACUACUUCUUCAAAUUUAAUUUCCAGUUUAGUUUCUACUAAUUCUAAUUCUCAACUGAGUCAUAUUUCAAUUCAACCAAUUGUGACAGAAACUAAAAUGGUAGAUCACUUUGACUUAAAAGAAGUUUCCUCGAGUUCUUCUACCAAUCAGAAAGGUAUUACAUUGUCAUCGAUGGCGAGCAUUGUGGCAGAUGCAAAAAUUGCUGCGAAACUUAGUCAAACUGCUCUGGAGAAUAUAUCCAAUUCUCAGCAAAAUAAAUUGAAUCCGAAAAUCAUUUCUGUCAAUGAAAUACCGAAAAUAUUAUUCUCAGAGAAGCCUUCGACAACCUUUUCGAGUUUACCAAAUACGGAAUCUCUGAACAAUCCCACGAGAUUGGUACUAAGUGUACAAUCAACUUCUGUGACGCUCUCGACUCCGAAAAUGUCAAUUCCAGAUCUGUCGAAAAAGGAUACUAUCUCAAAGAGUAAAGAGAAAUUAACAGAAAAUCAAGAAAGUGAAAUAAAAAAAGAGAAAGAGCUCCAGGAUAAGAUUAUAGAUGAAAAUAAUUCUUUGGAUACAUCAUCAAAUAUUUUUUCAGAGUCGAUUGAAGAGAAGAAAACUGAUCCAUUAAAUACCACGGAUGAACUGGAGAGUAUGUUAGAAGCUAUUCACAAUCCUGCAGAAAAUGUUGAAAAUAAGAAUGAUAUUCCAACGACGACUCUGAAAAGAAUGUCACCUGUUACUGAUGAUUUGUCGCUCGUCAACAUUUUGGAAAAUGAUACUGAACCGGUGGAAAAUGAUAAAGAACAAAUUUCUUCAGAUUCUGAUAUGCAAAAAGUAACAAAUAAAUCAGAGGAAGUCCGAAAAAAUAUUGAAGAGACUAAUGACAAAAACACAAAUAAAAAGAAUCAUCAGGAAGAACAGUGUACGGAAAUGGAAAAUUCCAAACCAUUUCUUCAACAUUGUUUGAAUGAAGAAAAGACAUUAAUAGAAGAAUCAUCUGAUGAUAUUUUAGAUAUGUUACACAAUAUUAUUUCAUCAAAACCGGAAAUGGCAAACAGUAACGAGUCGAGUAUUAUUUAUCAAAUGCCAACUCCGUUAGAUACUUUGCCCUUAAAUAUUCUUCAAGAUUCUUUAAUGGAUUUAGAACAAGAAAAUCUCGAAAAUGAAAUUUCGUCAACUGAACCUAAAAAUGAAGUAAAAUGUCAAAAUGCUGAAGUGAAAAAGAGUUCUCCAGCAAUGAGUCAAGCUCCCACUUUGAUAGUUAGUACCGUGGCACAAUUGCAAAAAAGCACAACAACAGUUCCUCAUUUAUCACCACUUUCGAAACCGACAGAAUUGACUUCUAACGUAGCUAACGUAUCUCAUCAACUGAGAACAUUGCUAUCAUCUUUACAAAGCAAUCAAACAACAGUGAAUCAAACCGGAGUGGUCACCAUGGUUUCUUCAGUGAAAUCUGGAAGUGUUUUAUCUACUUCUAGUGCCUUGUCGACAUUGAAUUCAUCAAAUAAUGUUCAAAGUGGAGUUUCGACUUUGACAAGAUUGGAUCAAGGUCGUUCUCAACCUAAUCUGAUCAGCAAUAUUUCGAAAGAUACAGAAAUGGUUAUAAAAGAAAAAAAAGAAUUAAAGGAAUGUAGCGGAAUUAUUACUACAGGCUCAAAAAUUAAUAAUAGCGAACAGAUCUUCAGGAUGACUUCUUCAGGAACAACUUUUCAGACUACUACAGCUUCUAAUCUUUCAAGUACUUCUUCGGCUGCAGUUACUUCUAGAAGCAUUACAACUUCGAUCUCCAUCACUUCAAACGCCAUGUUGAAUGCCAUGCUGGCUGGGACUACUUCCUUAAAACCUUCAAUUGCUGGUCAUGGUCGAAGUAACACAAUAUCAACCCAAUCUGCAGUCAAUCUUUUGAGUUCUGUUUUACCAUCGACUUCAAUACAACGCUCGCAAAAUCUUCAAGCAAUCCUUCAAGUCAGUUCAGGAUGUUCUACACCCUCUCGAGUACUGGUAAAUACUAGUUCAGCUGUAACUAGCUCAAUGCAAUGUAUUAGAACUAUUGUACCACCUUUGGCAACUUCUAGUGGUAUUUCAAGUACAUCUAGUAUUCUUCAAUCGACUUUAUCGCAAGCUCCAAGUCCCCUUUUGACCUCUAAUCAAAACCAAUUUAAAUCUUCUGGUCUUCUACCAAUGGAGAAUAAAAAUAACGAUCUUGACAAUCAAUCUACAGUGAAAAAAGAUUCUGAAGAAUCCAAAAUCCAAGAAAAGAGAGAAAUAGAUUCCAGUAAAAGUUCUUCUAAUUCUUUAAGAUUAGAGGAUUCCCAAAAUGUAUUGCUGAAGCAACUAUUGCAAAAUACGGCAUGUCCUACGACUUCAGGAUCGUCACAAGGGCCCAGUCUGCCGAUAGUUCCUUCGCUGGAAGCGCAACUGGCUCGGCCAGUUUUACCUACGCCACCAUCUUUGCUUCCUCAGUUACUGAACGAAACCCCAACAACAAAGCCAGUAACAAAACAAGUUCUUGCGAGGGAAACUUCUUUUUUAUCGCAUUCAGUAACACCCUUAAAGAUUCAAAGUUCACCAACUAAAGAGGAAUCUGCGAAACCUCCUCUUUCAUUAUCUAGUUCGAUUGUAACACAAAGAGCACAAACUGAAAGCUUGAAGCAACAAACAACAAAGUCAGUUCCUACUUCUUCAGCAAGUUCUUUGGGAAAUUCUAUAUCAAGUCAACCAGUUUCUUCAACAAUAACAACAACAAAAACGUCUCCGAAUAUUUCUACAAAUUUGCAAGAGACUUCUGUAAGUCAAAGCAAACUGAGUACUGGCAUCAGCGGAGAAGGACUUCAAACUCAACAACGCAUUACUGUUUCUAAACAUGCUUUGCAAAAUAAACCAGUAGCAACCUCUGGAAUUGCCUCGAAGAGCGUUCAAUUAGCGACCAGUAAUUCUAAUAACGUAUCUGGAUCACAAAUUCAAGUCCAAACACAGUCUCAAAACCAAGCUCCAGUCGUGCAGAAGCCAACAGUGGUACAACAACAAGUUCCUUCUUCUUCGACUACUUCCGUUCAGCAACAAUCUAUUCAGCAACAAGUGCCUCAUAGUCACGGGACCGUCGCGGUUCCAUCACAAACCAUUAUGGGGUCCGUUACCCCAUCAGGUUCCAAUACAGUGCCUUUAGUCGAGAUUAAGAAAGAAAUUGGUCUUGAGGAUGUUUUGUCCACUGUUGCCACAACAUCAGCCAGUCAGUUGCAGACGGAUACCAAAGACUUUCUCACUACCAAAGAGGAACUCAUAGAUGGCGCAAUAGAUGAUAAAACUGAUCUUAAGAAGUUGAAGAGGAGACAGUACCAACAGAAGAGAAAGCAAAGCCAGGGAAAGGAUGCCGUAACUGCACCUCAGAAAAAACGUUCCCGUAAAAUCUCGCGUCUUGAUGAGGAUUAUGACACAUUUGUGGACAAUUUAAUGACCCAGUUGCGACAACUUCAGCCGAUGGCGGUUCUGGAACCUCAGUUGAGUCGUAAUUAUGGGGUAUGCCCGAUUUUCGGUUGCGGAGAUCUUGUUAAGAUUGGAAGUCAGAAAGAUUAUAACGCUAGAAUUGGCGAUUUGAUUGGAAAUUAUGGAUCAGCCAGUUUACCUGGAAUUUCUGAUCAUUAUAAUACACAGCCAUUUGGAGAAUUAGACCCUCUGUCACCUCAACAACCCUCGACUACGCAGAGAGGAUUUUAUGAUCAAGAAUUUCCGCCUUUAAAGUUGGACGAUGAUAAUGAUAAGAAAGAGAAUAUGACGACUAAUCGCGAUGUGGACUCUCCUGAUACUAUUGUAAGUUCGUCCUCACCUGAAUGUGUUAUACCAGAAUUUAUGCAUCGUUUUCCUGGAUUGCGAUUAAUUGAGGAAGAAUCGGAUGAAGAAGCAGAAUGGCUGAAACGUGUAUCACCCGUUAUACCUCUGAUUUCACCGAUUCCAAUCAGACUAAAGCCUACUUACUUAAAAGAUGCAGCUAAACAAGACAAGGAGAAUUUUGGAAUGCCCAAGGUUGGCAAAUCCCCUCCGAUUCCUUUACGAGAAAGCGGAAAUGUCACCGUGACCUUAACUUUGAAUAGUCAGGCUGCCGAUGAUAUAAUGGGUGUACUUAAAGAUCUUGCUAAUAUUUUGAACAUAACACCGCCUGCUGGUUAUCAAAUAGUUGAACGCACCACUACUCCUCCUAGUCAGAAAUUGGGGUUGUACAGGACAAAAGGGAAGGACGGCAAAGAGGGUACUCCAAUCGAUAUACAAAGCAUUCUAAAUGGUGCGGCAAAGUUCUGUCGUCAUUGUGAUGUUGUGAUCCUUAACAGUUUAAUUCGAAAAAGAGUAUCGGAUCUACCAUUUUUAAGCAAAGAAGAAGCUGAACCGGGCGAUGAACUUUGCUUCUGUUCAGCGGCUUGCUAUAUGCAAUUUGCACUCAUGCAUCGAACACCUUCUAAUACUCAAGAUAAGGCUGCAACAAUAGUAGAUCAUCUAUGUCAUAAAACAGAAGCAAAAAUGGUAGAAGAUGAUUUGAAAAGUCUGAAAAAAUUUCCCAUUAAACAGCAACAGCAGCAGAUGGAGAAAUUUGAAAAUAUGGAUAUUACUAAUGAAUCAACAACAGAGAUUAAAGUGAAAAUUGAGAAAUUGGAUAGUGUCGACAGUGCGGACAAUGAUGAAAAGCGGUCAAAAAAACAUUCAAUUAGUGAAGAAAUCGGUGAUUCUAUGGAGCCCCAACCACCUGCGAAAAUCUGGAAAGGUUUGAGAUAUAAAACAUGGUCGAUGGGAGCCAUGCAACCUGCAACUAAAUUUAAGAAACCCACUGAUAGAGAAAUUACCGAGAUGCUGUUUCGUAUGGGAAUUGCAGUAGCUCCCGCAAAAGCCGAAGACACCCGUCGAUGCGUAUUUUGCAAGAGUCAAGGCGAUGCAACAGCCGAUGGGCCAGCUCGAUUACUCAAUUUUGACGUGGAUAAAUGGGUACAUCUCAAUUGUGCAUUAUGGUCUAACGUAGUGUAUGAGGCACAGAGUGGCGCACUUAUGAGAUUGGAUGAGGUCCUGCAGAACAAUCUUGUACAGAUUUGCAUCAUUUGUGAAAAAUCUGCUGGCACUGUCAAGUGCUACAAGCCAAGGUGCACUAAUUGGUAUCAUCUGAUAUGUGCCAUUAAAGACGGUUGCGGUUUUUAUAAAGAUAAGACUAUGGCUUGUCCUCAACACCUUAUAAAAGAUAAAGAUAAAGAACUAACUACCCUUUCUGUUUACCGUCGCGUCUAUGUCCAACGUGAUGAAAAUCGUCAAGUCGCUGCGGUGAUGCAUCAUUCUGACAAUAAACAUUUACUUCGUGUGGGUUCCCUUAUCUUUCUUAGCGUCGGUCAACUACUUCCUCAUCAAUUGCAAAACUUCCAUACGCCCAACUAUAUUUAUCCAGUGGGCUACAAAAUCGUGCGUUUCUACUGGAGUAUGCGAAGACCUAACAAACGUUGCCGCUAUGUUUGCUCGAUCCACGAUGUCUCUGGUCGUCCGGAAUUUCGUGUCUUAGUCCAAGAACCUCUUCAAGAGGAUGUUGAACUGAGAGACGCUACUCCGCGAGCAGUUUGGAGCCGAAUCUUGGAACCAUUGGCAGAAUUGAGGAGAAAUACAAAUUCUGUACAAUUAUUCCCGAGAUACGUUUCGGGAGAAGAUCUGUUUGGUUUGACAGAGCCAGCGGUAGUGCGAGUACUGGAAAGCUUGCCUGGAAUUGAGACUUUAACUGAUUACAGAUUUAAAUAUGGUCGUAACCCGCUAUUGGAGUUGCCUUUAGCCAUCAAUCCAACAGGAAGUGCACGUACGGAGGCACGUUUACGCAACCAGCUACCGUGGAAACGACCGCACACGCAACGCACAGGGGGCUUUGCUUCACGUGGAAUGCCAUUUGGCUUGCCAACCUGUGGUGCUGCCGCAACAAUGGGAGGUGGGGUCUCUUCAACAUUAGUUGCAGCGGCUGCUGCUGCCGGCGAGGCCGCCUCCUGUCCAUACUCGAAACAAUUCGUACACUCCAAGAGCUCACAAUAUAAGAAGAUGAAACAAGAAUGGCGUAAUAAUGUUUAUUUAGCAAGAUCAAAGAUUCAAGGUCUAGGACUAUACGCAGCGAGGGAUCUGGAGAAACAUACGAUGGUGAUUGAGUACAUUGGAGAAAUCAUUAGGUCAGAGUUAGCGGAAACAAGGGAGAAACAAUAUGAAGCUAGAAAUCGUGGUAUAUAUAUGUUCCGAUUGGAUGAAGAACGAGUAAUAGAUGCGACUUUAUGUGGUGGUCUCGCUCGCUAUAUCAAUCAUUCCUGCAACCCGAACUGUGUCGCCGAGAUCGUUGAAGUUGAGCGCGAUUUCAGAAUUAUCAUUUUUGCCAAGCGCCGAAUUUCACGUGGCGAAGAGCUGGCAUAUGACUAUAAAUUCGACAUCGAAGACGACCAGCACAAGAUUGCAUGCGCUUGCGGUGCACCCAAUUGUCGUAAGUGGAUGAAUUAAACAAACUAAGAUGACGAUACAGAGAAGAAACAGGAAAUGAGAAAAUAAAGAAGAAAACUCAAUUUCUCCAUCCUGCCUAUUGUUAUCAUUGUUGCUUUGUUAUAUAAGUUUGUAGGAGUGAUCCAGGGUUACAAACUAAGGGAUAAAUAAAUCGAAGAAGUUGUGGUGCUAAUCAGAGUCGCCAUCACAUUCCUCCAAAGUGUUGUAUAAUAUUAUAGUUAUCAUAAGAGAAAAUAUCGAAUGCUUGUAUAUUGUAUACGAAAUGAGAAAAAAAUAUUGAAAGAUAGGAAAAAGGGAAAAUGGGUUGUAUGUGACAGAAGAUAAAGAGAAUUUCAAUCUUUGUGCUUUUGGUCUGAUGAUGAUUUAUUUUAAUAUAAAACAUUUAUAUAAUAAUUAUUAUUAUUAUCAUCAUCAUCAUCAUCAUGUAUAAUUAUAAUGAUAUAGACACACGCAUAUCGUGUGCA